AUGGCACUAGCUACAGCAAAGGUGACACAAUCAACUACAUCAUCGACCUCGACCAUUCAGGCUGUCGAUCCGAGGUUUAUUCUACAAAACCUCGCUGCCAAUGGCAUGACCGUCAAGGACCCGUCGAGUGUAAAGUUGUUUGCGGCAGCCUCUGAGCUGGGCACCGGAAAGCUCAACAAAGACGACUUUCUCGAGAUUUGCAUGCCACUGGUAGCACCUAUCCUUGGGAUUGAACAGCUUCUCGCAGUAUCGGAUAUACUGCAGGGGCUGGCGAACGACAUCAAAGAGAGUGCAAAGCAGCUCGACACUAUAGCUCAGACCGAUGUCCUGCGACAGCGUUAUCUUGGAGUAUUCGAAACAGCAAAAGAUCUAGAGCCAGAAUCGAUCCGCGUCGUUGUCGCCGUCAAAGAAGUGUUGGAGGACACUUUCGACGACCAUGAGGUCACUUAUCUACAAGCCGACUCAGCCUCCAUCCGAGACUUUCUGCGAGAAGAAACAGUGCCAUUCCUCAAGGAGGUGGAAACUAGAGGUGUCAGCAACGUUCCGAUUGAUCUUAUCCGUCGGAAGAGGAACGAACUGAAGGUGCAGAUCGAGAGGCAGCGCAAGAACGUGAACGUCCAUUUGCAGCGUAUCGAGCGGGGCAUCGACAAUCUGACAGACGGGACCUACUACAUCAAGACAAACCACCUCCCUCGCUUCGUAGCCGCAGCAGCUCUAGAAAUCCUUCUCCGUGGCUACUAUGUCCUGCUCGGAAGGCUGGAUAAGGAAGAUAUCAUGAUUGAGUCUGACUCUCAGAACCUGCUGUUGCUGGCGAAAGAGCGUGUAGAAGUCAUGCAAUCACUCCUGGAGCAAUACAAGAAUCGCCGAGAAAGUCUGUUGACGACCGAAACACUAUAUGAGAAUGACUUCCUUGUUCGCACGUUCAAAUACUACAUCAACGAUGCGGGCUCUGCAAACGACAUUUUGUGUCCAAAGAUUCGGCUUGCCGACCUCGACCUCCUAAUCUCAAAGCAUAGAGACGUUGAAGUUUCGACACUGGAAAACGGAACCUUUAGUUAUCAAUACGACAGCAUCACUCGCUCCCAGGAGCGCAAUAAGACCCGCCCUUGUGGAGACAACCUGUCUAGCAUGGCUCGUGCCGAUAUCCGCACAUUGCUCAGUCCCGACGGCCUAGUCUGGCGAAACCACUUCCAGCCACAUGUGGACCGCAUCGAGAUGAUUCUGCGUGCUAUCCUGGGUCCACAACGGGCAAAGGAAUCUUCUCUUACUAGCGAACGACUUUCCAGAUGGCCAAAGACUGUUCCGCUCUCACGCUUCAGGCCGGAAGAUUGGGGCGACUCGGUCCCACAUUUCAUGGACAGUGUGGGUGACAAGAAGAUGUACUACAUGAUAUAUCAUGUGGGCGGUCGAAAGGUCGUCGGAGAGUUUCGGGAGGACGCCAGCUGGAUUGCCUAUCCGAAGCAAACCUGUUCUAGGCCCAAGGUUCUCCACCCCGAAGAAGGAGACUACUAUCGCUGUGAAAUUCUCGUUGAUAUCGGAAACUGCGAAUGGGUGCCCGUAACGGAUGGCAACCCUCCUAAAAGAGCUGUUGACAUGGGUGAAAACGAGGAAUCCAUACCAUUUCUCAUUGGCAAGGUCUUCUAUGACGAAGGGGGUAUGAAAGAUCUCGCCAACGCCGCUGAUGUCCACUAUACCAUGGAGGGGGAUGACAUCAAGACUCUGAGGUGGCCUGAAGCAGCAUACCCGGACGAUGACGAGGUGAAGACGAGCACGAACUACCACGUCUUGUGCUACGAGGAGGAUCAUUUAGUGGCGGCAAUGUCGAGUCUUCAUCUUCCAGAUCAAGCGCAGAAAGUCACAUAA